AUGAACACAGUUGGGAAAAGAACAAGUCGAGCUCAGCAACAAAUUUCUAAAGUCGUUGGAAGAAGUUUUCAUUUGCCACUACCCCUUCAAGAAACCCUGCAAAAAUUGCCCAAACCAAGUGACCCUCUGAAUCCAAACCACGAGCUGUACGUUUUGGUCAGAGGGGUACCGACCAAAGCAAAGAAAGUUUGGCAAAUGUUGGUUAGUGUGGAUAAGGUACACGCAGCCUUAAUUUUCUUAAAGAAAAACAACGCUCAUUAUGGUAGCAUCGUACUACCUACAGAUCCCGAAGGACUCUUCAACCUUAAUGAUGACACAAAUUUGUUUCAAUCUACCCAUCAAAACGAACUGCCACCUCAGGAAAUACUACAUAGACGUGCUAUAUUAACUCAGGUAACUCACGAGGAAUGGGAUUCAGAAGAGUCUCACUAUACAAUCCACGCUCUUCAUGAGUCAAAAUCUUAUAGUGAUGACACCGAGCUCUAUAAGAUGCUGAAAGUGAAUGAACCUCCGAUUAGUCAUGAAAACAAAGAGAUUGACGUGCUUUGUUUCCCUGAUUUGUAUCCCGAAGGUAAAUUUGGCCAGUUUCAUUCCAGAGAAACUAAACUCUCUUCUGCUGAAUUUAUCAAAUGUCGGUUGCUUUCAAAGCAUUCUCAGUUCAGACUGAAUCAGCAGUACCUUUUUUAUUUGCUGCACGAUGCAAACCUUCGGCAGUUAAGACAAGGAGUAUUCCACAAGCUCAAUGUCACUGGAUUCAGUGGCUCUCUUAGUGCUAGAGACUGUUUGAACAACCUUGCAUCGGGAGAAUUAGAGGGGAACCUGACAUCAGUAUUCUCCAAACUCAGGAACACUAGCCAGUACUGGAUACAGCCUAGAAAUGAUGUCAAUUGCAUGGCUCAGCAUUAUGGACCAGCUACAUGGUUUUUAACCAUAAGCCCAAGCGAUUGGAACUGGGAUGACAUGGCAUUGUUCAUUAGGGAAGUUACCCGGAGUGUUCCAGGCGCAGAAAAAAAACAAACUAGUGAACUUGUGGCUAUGGAUCCUAUCAGUGCGUCACGGUUUAUCCAUAUAAAGUUCAAGGCAAUGUUGGAUUUUAUUGUCUCUGAUGCUGCUCCUUUAGGAAAAGUAAGUCACUACUUCUACAGGCGAGAAUACCAAAGCAGAGGUCUCCAACAUUUCCAUCUUCUUCUGUGGGUAGAAAAUGCUCCUGUAAUGGGGACGUCCAGCAACGCAGAAGUAGCCGACUUUAUCCUUAAGUACAUUACUUGCAAGGUUCCAAAUGCAUCCGUUUCACCUACUCUCAACAACAGAGUUACAAGUUACCAAAUGCAUCACCACAACUCGUACUGUAUGCGGACAAAGAAAACCAAAACCGGGUUUCGUAAGGCUUGUCGUUUCGGGUUCCCCCGGCCAAUCACAGGGAAUCUUGUUCUGCGUGACGUUGUCGAGUCUGUAGCUGGCAGAAAAGCUCUCAAGUCUAAGUCACGUCUUUAUGACCUACCCAGAACACCAAGCGAGAGCUUUGUCAAUGACUACAACCCGGCCGUGUUGCUAGCUUGGAAUGGAAACGUGGACAUCCAGUAUGUAGGCGAAAGCACUUCUAUCCUACAUUGGUAUGUCACAAAGUACACUACCAAAAGUGAACAAAGUCAUGCUGGCCAAGUUUUUACAGAGAUUAAUUCUACAAAAUCAUUAGCUAGUAGACUGUUUAACGUUGGCCUUAGAGCUUUAAACAACCGUGAGUGUGGUUCUUUAGAAGCUAGUGACACACUGUUGGGCAUUCCAUUGUACGGCACGGACCCGGAGACAACAAUAAGAUGGUUGGAUGUAGGCAUGACCAGACGCAAAAGACUACAAAAAAUCGACAAGAUACGAAGUAUGGACCCAAGUUCAACGAACAUAUUCUACGAGUCGUGGGUUGAUGACCACUACCCAACUAGACCAGACGAACUAGAAGAUAUGAACUUAUACGACUUUGUGAGAUGGUACGAUAUAGCUGCUCAACCACCUAAAGGCGACCGUGAAGUGCAUAAGUUGAAUUCAGGCAAAUUCCUCACUAAAAGAGUCAGACCAUGCUUACUGAAUCACUAUAAGUACAGCCCCACUCAGGAUCCUGAAAAAUACUACCAUGCAUUACUUCUUAUGUUUCUUUGUUGGAGAUCUACUGAUGAGCUGAAAGAGUCUCAUGAAACAUACACAGAUGCUUUUAUGGCCAAGCGGACACUUCUCACUCAAGCCUUCAACUAUGACAAACGUUUAAAAGACAUUAUUGCGGCAUCGGAGAAUGCAAGAGACAAAAUUCAAAACCGAGUUGAAGAGAUCAAUGCAGAAGAAGGAGAGGUUGCUGAUCCAUCCAAUAUAGCCUUUCAGCCCUUUAAUGAACCUGUCCCCGCAUCCCAGCCUGUCAGGGACAGCAAUUGGUCGCCGAAUGACGAGCCGUUUGAGAAAAAAUACCAAAAACUCAAUGACGACCAAAAGAGAGUGUUUGAUUAUGUCAAACGAGUUGUUGCAAACUCUGAUGGGACAGAUAAAUUUCUCAGACAUUUUGUAAGUGGUGUGGGAGGUACUGGUAAGAGUUUUCUCAUAAAAACUAUCAGCUCUUGGACUAAAAAAUGUCUUCAAGCCUCUACAUCAAUAUCAGCUCCCACAGGACUAAGUGCUUACAACAUCAAUGGUUCUACGAUCUACAAAGUGUUUCAGCUGCCAGUUGAGCAUGGAAAAACUCCAAAGUACAAAGCUCUUACUGAUGAUGUUUUAAAAAUGUUGAGAUCCAACCUGAAAGAUGUGGUGCUCUUCAUAAUAGACGAAGUGUCCAUGGUCUCCAAUCUAACAUUGAUGUACAUAAAUCUCAGAUUGUGUGAAAUAUUCAACACCUCAGACCAAAGUAACGGCUGGUUUGGUAAAAAACAUAUACUGCUCUUUGGAGACCUUUUACAACUUCCACCAGUACACGAAGACUCCCCUUCAUUCAUUUCUCGACAUUCAUUGAACUUGACAGUAGCAAACUUAGUUCUUUUGUUGGCUCUCUGUCUUGUGUUAACAUCUGGUCUGAACAGUUCUCUUAUGAUGAACUUACUACAAACAUGCGACAAGCUCAAGAUUCUAAGUUUGCUGAUGUGUUAA